AUGGGAGGAAGUCUUUAUCACAGAAUUGAGAAGGAAUCUGAAGCACACAUUUCUGCAACCCUACAAUCAUUUGUUGGCCAGAGCCCAGAUUUGGUGGUUUUCUUGUUUCUUGUAAAGGAAUGUUGGCAGGAUCUUUAUGACAACAUGUUGGAGAUCCCUAGUAUAGCCCUUUGUCUUGACCAGACGUAUGUGGAACAAAACCCAAAUUUGCCUUCUUUGUUGGAUAUGGAGUUGCAGUUGUUCUGCAAACAUCUUUGUCCAGAAGUUGAGCACCAAACAGUUACUGGCCUUCUAAGAUUGAUUGAUAAGGAAAGAGUCAUUAAUGGCAAGCAGGAGAUAGAGUCUUUGUUGCAUUCAAACUUGUUCGCAGUUUUAGACUACUAUUAG